AUGAACCUGGUGGAGAAAUCAGUGCCUGUAAAGCAGAAAGAUGAAAAUCUGCUGCAAGAACUGGAGAUCCCUGUUGAGCUUCGGAAGGUUUUGGUGGACGACUGGUACCUUAUUCAGAAACAAGACAAACUGCACAACCUGCCUGCCAAGCACACUGUCAGAGACAUUUUCGACGACUACGUCAAGUACAAAGUCUCUAAGUCUGAGUGUGACAAAAGCGCGGAGAGUGCGUUGAGAGAAAUUGGCAGAGGAAUUUGUUCCUUGUUUGACACACUCCUUGGCAAGCAGCUGCUGUACAAGUUCGAGAGGCCUCAGUACGCAGAAUUGCUGCAAAAACAUCCCUACAAAGGCAUGAGCCACAUUUACGGAGCACCCCACUUGCUCCGAUUGUUCUGCUGGAAACAAGGUCUUGUGCCAAAGUCGCAGUUUGACGAAGUCAACUGUGAAUACCUCAUGAAGCACUUGAAUAGCAUCAUCAAAAUUCAAGUGCCUAUAACUGCAAAAGACAAAGCGCGGACGAAUUGGACUGAGGAAGUACAGGGCCAUGGUCAUGCUCCAGGAAAGGAUCGACCGGCUGAAGAAGCUGAAAAAACUUCAAGAUCACAGCAGGAGGAUUGUGAAGCGUGCGCGACAACGCGCACUGGACUCAAGCCACAGGGCUUAUGA